AUGGCGGCGGGCUCGUUCCACCAGUUAUCUUCUCCAGACUACUUCGGCUGUUGGACUCUCCAACACUCAUCAGUUAUGGAGGAUAGCUUUUCGGGAGAGAAAGGUGAUACAUCGGACGAAGCGUCUCCAGAGGUGGACAAAGACAAGAUAAGCAAACUAGCUGACCCUCUGUUAUUAAAGAUUCUAUCGAACCUUCGGAAUCCAAGACUAACCUCUUUGAAAGUAGAGCUUCAAUCCGUGGAAGGUCUGCCAACUUUUCUUGAGAAGUUUCCGAAUCUAAAAUCCUUAAGCUUGGAUGUGCUUUGGAAUUGCUCUAUGAAAAUGAUAAGACACUCGCCCGUGCCUCAGUGUCUACUGUCAUCGCUCGAGUCUGUAGAGAUAUAUAGCUUUUGCACCGAACGGCCUAUUGAUAUGGAAGUAGCAAGGUACUUCACAUACAACUCAGUAAUCCUCAAGAGACUUGUUGUGUGUGUGAAUUACAUGCCUGGAAGAAACAAGCAGGAGGAAGAUUCCAUUCUCUUAUGGAAUCUCAUUGCAUUGCCGAAGCGGUCCUGGACAUGUCAAGUUUCAGUUGUUUAA